AUGAUCUAAAUUUCUUCCCCAAGGAAUGAACAAAUUUCGUUGUACAUAUUUAUCAUAACGAAGAAAAACAAUCUCAGAAAAAUCUAAAAAAAGCAAAUUAAACUAUCCAUUUUAACCAAAUGACAACUGCUCUGGCUUUGAAAUAAACUCUUUGUCUUUUGAUCAAAGCGAACUGGAAUCACAAAAACCAUCAAGGAAUACUCUAAAGUAAUUAAAAAUUUAAUAAUCAUAAAUCAAUUGUCAGUCCAUUAAUACUACCAGAAAAAAUUGUUAUUAUUCAGAUAUUGUGUAAUAGGUGAAGAAGAACGUUAUUCAAGAGUUAUCUAAACAAUUAGACAGCACAUUUUUGUAAGAUAAUGGCAAUUUUACCUCUGUGAUAUAGUAACAACUAUUGAAUAAAAAUUUAUCUGAUGUGUAAUUUGCAAAAUAGAGAAAUAUUAAGAAAAAGAUUUAAUUAGAUGAAAAUUCGUUGUAUAAAUUAACUCAAGUAUUAAUCCUGCUCCUAAUCGGAAUCUUGAGUCCAACUUAGUUGGUACUAGAGAAUACCACAUUUACAACAUAUGGAAAUUUGUUUUAAAUAACUCUACUUAUAUCUUUUAUAUUACUACAUCUAUUUAUAAAGAGUAAAUCUACAGUGUCUUCCAGAACUAAAAUUAAAGAUGUCUUGAUGUGCUUAGUCAAAAAUCUAUGUUAUGAGUUGUUUAUAUUACUGUUAUCAAUCAUCUUAUUUUUAAGCCAUUUAUUACAAAUAAAUAAACUGGAAGUACUGAAUAUCAUUUAGACAAUUGCUUGUAUUAUUUGUUUGGCUAAAAAUAUUUCAUUAUCAAAUCAUUUUACACAAGCAGGCUUGAAAAUUUUAUUAGGAAAUUUGAUUUUUUUCCAUCUUUUGGAAUGUUAUAAACUUAGUCUAACUAAUCUCUAAUCUCUUAAUUUAUAGUCCUUUUGCAGGAAGUAUAUUUUGACUAUAGUUUAAUUGAACUCAUUUCAGGAAAGUGAGGGUAAUGUUAGUCUGGCUUUAUUGGAAAUUGUUUAGAUAAUCUUUAAAUAUCUUUUGAUCUCUUAAAUCUUCAUUUAUCUCAUAAAUUUAUGGAAUACAUAUUUUAGUCUGGAAUUUCUAUUGGCUAACAAAUAUAAACAAUAUGAGAGAUUGAUGAGAGAUUUAGAUGUUGAUUCGUAAACAUCAAAAGCAAUUCUGAAAUAAACCAAGAAUUAUGAAUUAGAAGAAAUCAAGUAUUUAUAACUGUUCGAUCACCUUACAUCAAGUCAACAAUUCAUUUUGUAGUUGAAGAAACUGUUAUUUUAAUAAUCAUAAUUAUUUGAAUAGUUUUCUGAUCAAACUUAGGAGUAACUUAUAUAAAUGAUGGAAUUGCAUUUGAUACAUCCACAACAGAUUAUUUCGAGUGAUUCUCUAAAUGAAGAUGAGUCUCUUAACUUUUUGAUACACGGAAAAUUAGAAGUUGGAAUAAAAAAUAAAUAAAAUUAUAAUUUCGAAAAAAUCUAGGAAUUAGAAUAAGGUUUGCAUUUUGGAUAAUUAACAUUUUUUACGGGUUAAAAGGAUUGCCUUUCCUAUAAAAGCAAUCAUUACACUUUAUUAUUCAAAUUAAAAAGAUAGAACAUGUUAACUCAUUUAGAAGCUAAUCGAACCGAUAAGGAGAUACUCUCUAUAAUCAUAAAUUCGGUCAUUAAUAAAUAAAACUAUUCAUUAUUGAAAUUGUAUUGCCAAUGUUGUAAUUCGAGUGAUCAUAUUCUCAGUAGUUGUCCCUAAUUACACAUAUAAAUUGAUAAAAAGGAUGUUAUUCAUGAAUUUCUAUCCCCUAAAAAUCAUGACCGAAUAAAAUGUAUUAAUAUCAUAUAUUUAGAUAUAAGAUAAUAAAUUAAGAAAAGGAAUAACAUGCUAAAAUUUAAGUGGCCAAAAAGCAAUUUUUCAUCUGAUAUCUCAAAGAAUUUUUAAAGAAAAGAGAAGAAUAUUUAAAAUUUAGAAGGGAAGAGUUCAGCAUUUAAUUUUGAAAUUAAUAGUAUUUAUAUUUAUUAAAUCCCCAUAGGUGAUAUUCCUAAGGAAUUUACAAGUGAGAAAAUAAUAGAUCAGUAAAUAGUAUCGCAUUAGUUAAAUUCCAUCAAUAGUGAACAUUUCAUAUAAGAAUUUUAGAAUGAUACACAUAAGAGAAGCAAGGGGUUUGUUACUCUAGAUUAGAAUUUUGAGCACAACUAAAUCAAUGUUGGGUCAUUGAAUUUGGAUUGUUAAGAUAAUUUUAUAUGUCCCUAUUAAUUUGUAAUUUCAGAAAGCAAACCUUAAUUGGAGGAUUGUGAUUCAAGCAAUAUGAUUAACAAUCUCAAUAGCUACAAAUCUAAGUAGAUGUCAGCCUAGAACUCACUGCAGCAUCACUAAUUUAUAUCAUUAACUGGAUAAGUAUAAAUCACAUGCUAUCUUUACUAGGUGACUUCGGUAUUAAACAACGAAGUGUAUAAUCAAUUUACGAAUCUGAAUAUAGAUAAAUGGUGGAACUAUGAGUAUUUCGAUGUAGAAUACAAUUUGCAGACCAUAGUAUAAAAGAUAACUUAAGGGAAAGGGGAUUAAAAUGUAGUAAAGUAGACUUAAGACUACAAUUUGAUUAUAAGAAUAAAUGACGAUAUAAUGAUAGAGGAAGAUUGA